ACUAGCUUCCCUCUCAAUUUCCAUUUUUUUUUUUGUUCUUCUUUUUUUCUGCAAUCGGUCGUCGUCGUUGUUGUGCUUAAACCCUUACCGGAAUGGAGCCGCCGGCGAAAGGAACAGUGACUCCGUUAGCGUCGUUGUUCUCAGAGGAGGAGGCACGGAAAGCAGCAAGCUACGUGGAGGAGAAAAUCGGAGAGAAGCGAGUAGAGAUGAAUCGUCUUCAACAGUUCGUCGAUGAAAACGACAAUCUCAUCAAUCUCGUCAAGAAGCUUCCCGAUCAGCUUCAUCACAACGUUAUGGUCCCAUUCGGUAAAAUGGCUUUUUUCCCAGGUCGAUUGAUCCAUACCAACGAGUGUUUGGUGUUGUUGGGGGAGAAUUACUAUACUGAUAGAUCAUCGAAACAAACGGUUGAUUUCUUGAAGAGAAGAGACAAGACUUUACAGUCUCAAAUUCAUUCUCUUAAAGCUGAGAUUGAAGAUUUUCAAACGGAGGCUUCAUUCUUCGCUACAACUGCUUCUGAAGCAGCGGAAGGACUUGUUGAGAUAAGAGAAGAGUAUGUAGAAGAAGAUUCAUCUGCACCUGUGAUUCAGUCAAGUGAAAGAGAGCCUUCUAAUAUUUCUGGAGGAGAGGCUGAAGAAGGUGAACUUGAAGACGAUGACUUUGCAAGAAUCAUGUCCAGGUUGAAUGAACUUGAAGAACUUGAAGACGAUGACUUUGCAAGAAUCAUGUCCAGGUUGAAUGAACUUGAAAUGGAAGAAGAACAGGAGGGUGAAGAUGGGGGCGAUAGAGGUGAAGAACAUGAUUCUCCAAUAGAAAUUUUGGAGGAGAGCCAGCAUGAUUUGGUGAAAGGAAUCAGAGGUGAGACAGACUGUGGUAGGAUUGAAUAUGGGAAACAAGAAACUACCAUAUCUGUUCCUAUGAAAACUUCAGGCCAUAGCUCUUCCAUUCGAGAACCGAGGGUUUCAGAGCCAAGAGUCAAAGCCAAAGUUAUUCAAGUGUUACCAGAGACACAUCCGCACAAAGAUCUAGAUGAUCCGCUGAAUUGUAUUGGACCAAUGUCACAAUAUCUCCCCAAAGGAGAUCAAUCUCGUAGCGCAACUGCCCAGCAAAACGCUGGAACAUGGAGAGACUUUCAGGCGACCGCUGCUAUUUCCACAGCAAAGGCAAAAACCAAUGUUUUAGGACCACAAAAGAUUGAGUCACCUAUAGAGAAACCCGAGCCCGAGUUUGAUUCUACCAAGGCUUUUACUGGAUCAAUCGUAGAGCAUGCCCAUAUUCAAGAGACCAGCACACACAGCCAUACGCAGUCUUCUGUGUCUCAACCGUCUAAACCAGUGUCAAGAUUCAAGGCGCAGAGAAGGUAGCCAGUCAGUUCAGUGUACAAUUUUUUGUUGAGUUGCCUUUAUGAUAUGUAAGAACUAAGAAGUAAGAACACAUGCAAAUGUGUGCAUCUUGUAAGCUGACUAUAUACAGUUAAUUAACAAAAUCUAAAUCAAGAAA